UAUUGAAGUUACUAGAGUUUUCAAAAUUCAUUUUAAAAAUGAAAGAGUUAUCUCAAUUGCUAAUCAUCUUUGUGAUUCACCUGAUGAAAUAUCUUAUACUGCUUCUCUAUUCUAUAAUACCUCAUGUCUCUCAUCACCUAUUACCAUUACCCCAAAUUAA